GAGAUGGAACGUCGUCAAUUCUUUUACUCAAUUUGAUUUGAAAGAGGGUCUCUCUGGAUGUUUGAACUCCGAGGCUCCAAACAACUAUUCUGCUUCUUGUGUUUUUGCUAAGUUCAUUCUAUAUGCUUGCUUGCUUACUUUCACUCUCUUGUUCUCACAGUUGCUAAUCUAUUGAAGGAAUACUGAGGUUUGAGCGAAUUCUUCUUAUAGGAGGAAACAUGGCCGACGUGCGAGUCAUAUCCAAUAGUACAGUCAAGACAGCAAAUCACAGGGCAUCAGGUGGGAGGAUAGAGCUAAAUCCAUGGGAUCUUCGGGCCCUUCCAUUAGGAUAUACCCAGAUGGGACUUCUUUUUUCCAAGCCUAAAGAGCCUAUGCGAGAGAACGAAACUGGAAACACCCUAAUCCACCACUUGAAAACCUCUCUCUCGCACACCCUAGACCAUUUUCCACUACUGGCUGGUCGCCUAGCAACAACCCAACACGAAGAUGACACCGUUUCCUUUUUUGUCGACUGCAACAAUAGUGGUGCUUUGUUUGGACAUGCAGCAGCCGAUGGAGUAACCAUUUCUGACGUCAUUAAACCCGCGUACGUUCCGCCUAUUGUUCACUCCUUUUUUGCACUGAAUGGGCUCCGAGGCUAUGAGGGUAUAGCAAACCCAUUACUUGGAAUACAAAUAACCGAUCUUGCAGAUGGUAUAUUUAUUGGUUGCACCAUUAAUCAUGUUGUGGCGGAUGGCACAUCAUUGUGGCAUUUCUUUAACACAUGGUCGGAAAUUUCUAAGGGUUCGAUUCAGUUAUCCAAGCCCCCUGUUUUUCAACGUUGGUUUCCUGAUGGUAUGGAUAUCCCCAUUCGUAUUCCUCAAUCCUGUGUCAAUUUCAAACAAAGCAAUGAAGACUUCAUUCCACCACCUGUACAAGACAGGGUUUUCCAUUUCUCAAAGGAAACCGUUGCAAAACUAAAAGCAAAAGCUAACGCUCAGACUGGCACCGACAAAAUUUCCUCCCUUCAAGCUCUGUUGUCUCAUAUUUGGAGAUGUGUUAUCCGCAACAGAAGAGUUGACCCUAAUCAAGAGACCAGUUACCGCCUUGUAGUUGGUGGUAGACAAAGAUUGCAGGAGCUGCCUGAUAACUUUUUUGGGAAUUCACUGAUGCCUGUGAUUGUAACUAUGAAAGCAAAGGAGCUCAUGGAACAAGGAAUUGGCAACCCGGCGUGGCAAAUGAAUAGGAAGAUUGCUGCAAUGACUGAAGAAACUUUCAAAAAUACUUUAGAGUCUUGGCCAGCAAGCCCUAGUUUUACAAUUUUGAACAAUAGAAACACUUUGUUCACAGCUGGUUCUCCUCGAUUCAUUAUGUAUGGAAAUGAUUUUGGAUGGGGAAAGCCAAUCGCAAUAAGAGGUGGGUCAUCAAGCAAGUUUGAUGGGAUGCUUAGAUUACUUAGCGGAGCAAAGGAAGGUAGUAUUGACCUUGAAGCAUGCCUUUCUCCACAAACAUUGGAGGCUAUGGCAAAUGAUCAAGAAUUCAUGGAUACCAUAACCGUUUAAUAAUGUCAGUCCAAACUCCAAAACUACAAAUUAGUUCCACCAUUGAAUAAGGGUGUGUUGUAAGUGAAAUUACAAUGUUUAAAAUAAAAAGUUAUGAACGCUAAUUUUAAACAAAAA